GUUAGAUUGGAAGCGUCGUGGUUUCGUCUACCUUCUGUAUGCUUCUUGACGUGAGAUCGAGGAAAAAUGCGACUUUUUGCUGCUGGAGCAAAUCCAACAUCUAUUUAAUCGGAAGCUAAUUAUACUCGAAUGCUGGGAUCUCUAGAAAGUUUCAACUAUGGAAUACAAAUUUCUCUUUGUAUAAACAAUGCUUUCACUUCACUUGAUGCUUCUGAGGACAUUGUAAAAGAAUCUGAAGCAGCAGAAAGCCAGAUCUUUUCCUCAAUGCUCACGUCAAAAAGCAUGCAGAUGUCAAGAAAGCAGCUGAUCGGUUCUUUGGAGAAUGGACCUAUAAUUUUGUCCAGCACUGUAGUCCAGCCUGAACUGGGCUUGGGAUGACGUGGUGAUCUUUGUUACUGCUGUGUUUUGUGUGACUAACACUUUGAUCUUAUGAUUUGGAACUCCUUGAGGUAUGAAUGAAUAAAUGAAUGAAUGAUU